GGAGGGGGCGGGGCCGCGCCGGGAGCGCAGAGCGGGCGGCGGGAGCGGCGGCGGGAUCGGCACCGGGAUCGGCACCGGGAUCGGCACCGGGAUCGGCACCGGGGCACCCACAGCCACCAUGGUGAAGGAGACCGAGUACUACGACAUCCUGCAGGUGAAGCCCAACGCUUCCUCCGAGGAGAUCAAGCGCGCCUACCGCAAGCUGGCGCUGAAAUACCACCCCGACAAGAAUCCCAGCGAGGGCGAGCGGUUUAAACUUAUAUCCCAGGCAUAUGAAGUUCUGUCGGACCCAAAGAAAAGGGACCUCUAUGACCAGGGUGGGGAGCAGGCUAUUAAAGAAGGAGGCCUGAGUGGCGGCAGCUUCUCUUCACCCAUGGACAUCUUUGACAUGUUCUUUGGUGGUGGAGGCCGAAUGAAUAGAGAGAGAAGAGGCAAAAAUGUUGUGCACCAGUUAGGUGUCUCUCUUGAAGACUUAUAUAAUGGUAUUACAAGGAAACUGGCACUGCAAAAGAAUGUUAUUUGUGCAAAGUGUGAAGGUUAUGGUGGAAAGAGAGGGGCAGUAGAAAAAUGUCCUGUGUGCAAAGGAAGAGGAAUGCAAGUGAUAGUCCAGCAGAUUGGACCUGGCAUGGUACAGCAAAUCCAAACUGUGUGUCCAGAAUGCAAAGGCCAAGGGGAAAGAAUAAAUCCCAAGGACAGGUGUGACAACUGCAAUGGCUGUAAGGUGGUGAGAGAGAAAAAGAUCAUAGAAGUCCAUGUUGAUAAAGGUAUGAAAGAUGGUCAGAAGAUAGUGUUUCAUGGAGAAGGUGACCAGGAACCUGAUUUGGAGCCUGGAGAUGUUAUAAUUGUGCUGGAUCAAAAGGAUCACAGUGUCUUUCAGAGACGAGGGCAUGACUUAAUCACAAAAAUGAGAAUUCAACUCUCAGAGGCUUUAUGUGGUUUCAAAAAGACCAUUGAAACUCUGGAUAACAGAGUCCUUGUCAUAACAUCUAGGCCAGGUGAGGUGAUCAAACACGGUGACCUGAAGUGUAUCUACAACGAAGGGAUGCCCGUCUACAAAUCUCCAAUGGACAAAGGCAGCCUAAUUAUCCAGUUCUUGGUCCAGUUUCCAGAGCACUACUGGCUCCCUAGGGAGAAGCUGUCUCUGCUGGAAGCUCUGCUUCCUUCCCGAGAAGAUGUGAUGGUCACAGACGACAUGGAUCAGGUGGACCUUGAGGAUUUCGAUCCCAACGAGCAAACCUACCGGAACAGCGCGGGAGAGGCGUACGAGGAGGAUGAGGAAGGUCCAAGAACGGGAGUACAAUGUCAGACAUCUUAAAGCAAGGUGGAGGGGAUGUCAUCUACCAUGUAAAUUUUCACAAUGAAAACUGCAUGGCUGUAAUAGCCACUGCUUGUGGUUUUUGUGUUCAGCAAAUUGAGUUGCUGCGCUGUCGGUAUCACCUUUUUGUAACUAAUUUAUAUUGUGUUCUUGUAGUCUUUCUAUAUAAAGCCAAUGUCACACAGCUGAGAGCCAGCUGAGUUGGUAAACAUUUUCCUUGCUGUGAAGGUUCUCAAUUUAUUUCACCUCUGCUAUUUCUAAGACUUGGGCAAUAUGGAUAGAGGCUAAGUGGAGUGUCUUAUGUAAAUACUUUCAUACUGGAAAAUUAAUUUCAUAGAAUAAAACAUAGCAGAAUAACUUCUAAUAAAUAGUACUUCACAUUUU